AUGGAUGAUGAUUUACUGGGAAUGGUGCAAAUAUUUGUGCUUGGGCCAGGACGGGUGGCAUCAGCCACCGGAUCACUGAAUCCAUUUGUAGUUGGCAUUCUUGUAGUGGCUGGAGUGGUGAUCCUGGGAGUGACUAUCGGUCUCCUUGUCCACUUUUUAGCAUUUGGUCAGAAAUCAUACCUUUAUCAAAGCGACCUUCAAAUCACAAAUGUAGAAUAUACAAGCCAGCUAGAUUCACCAACUUCAUCAGAAUACAGAGCUUUAAGUAGAACUAUUGAGAAUUUGAUGAAUGAAACCUUCAAAGCAUCGAAUUUAGCAAGACAAUUCAGGAGAGCUCAUGUUGUAAGAAUUCGGCCGGGUGAUCAAGGUGUGAUAGCAACUGUUCUCCUGAAGUUUCAGUUCAAGCGUAAUACCAAUGGGGCAUCAAGGAAGAGCAGGAUUGAGCAGAUUUUAAGUCAGCUGCACAAUAAUGCUGGAACUAUGACAAUUGAUGUUUCAUCUGGAAACGUUCAACCUAUUCCUCCUGAGACUGUACAAGAUAUUCUAAUCAGAGAAUGUGGGUCCAGCCCUGAACUGAUGACAUUGUCCUAUGAAAGAAUCAUAGCAGGAACAGAAGCGAGAGCUGGAGAUUGGCCUUGGCAAGCAAGCCUUCAGCUCAACAAUGCUCACCACUGUGGAGCUGUCCUAAUUAGUAACACAUGGCUCCUGACUGCUGCUCACUGCUUCAGAAGUGUCAGUGAUCCACGCCAAUGGAGUGUUACCUUUGGAUAUAUCCUAAGUUCUCCAGAAAAAAGAGUAAAUGUGAGGAGCAUUAUAAUACAUCCAAAUUAUAUAGCAGGAACUCAUGAAAACGACAUUGCACUUGUGGAGCUGAAUGGUGGAGUCACCUUUACCAGAAACAUCCAUAGAAUCUGUCUCCCUCAGGCCAAUCAGGACAUUCCUGUAGGAGCUAGUGCUUAUGUGACAGGGUGGGGAUCACUUCAGCCUGGUGGUAGUGGUGUAAAUGUUCUUCGGCAAGGUGAGGUCCAAAUCAUAAGCACUGAUGACUGUAAUGCGCCAGAGAGCUACAAUGGAGCUGUCACAUCUGGCAUGAUAUGUGCUGGAAAACCUGGAGGUGGCACUGAUGCUUGUCAGGGAGAUUCUGGUGGACCAUUAGCGAUGGCUGACUCAAGGCAGAUCUGGUCGGUUUGGGGAAUAGUGAGCUGGGGAUAUGAAUGUGGCCUGCCAAACAAACCUGGAGUCUAUACUUAUGUGCCCUACUAUCGUGACUGGAUAACUCAACAAACUGGACUCUAG